AUGUGGAUUAAUGAAUUGAUGCUGCAAUUGCCGGUCAUGGUGGCGCCUAUGGCUGGCGUCUCCAAGGCCCGGCUAGUCAUUGCCAGUCUGCAGAAUGGCAUGCUGGGAUCGUUGGGUGCCGGCAUGAUGUCGCCAGAUGCCAUUCGCCAAAGUGUCGGCGAGAUCCGGGCGGCUACCUCUAAGCCAUUCAACAUCAACCUAUUCGUCGUAAACAACAAUCCGGAGUUUGAUGCUGCCUGCGGUGCUGCCGAGUGGCUCAGAGACUAUUCGGCAAAGUACAACUACGAUUUCGCUGUUCCAACCACUUAUGCCCAUAGCUUUGACGAGCAAUUUGCCGCUGCGCUUGAGUGUAAGCCAGCCAUUUUGAGUUUCACCUUCAAUAUCAUCUCCCAGAGCCAGCUCGACGCAUGUCACGACAAUGGCAUCAAGGUCAUCGGCACGGCCACCAGUCUCGAUGAGGCCUUGACUUGGCAGAAACUUGGUGCCGAUGCUAUUUGUUUACAGGGAAUUGAAGCCGGUGGACAUCGCGGGAACUUUUUGACCUCGAACCUGGGUAUCCCUUUGGCUGAACUGGUCGAUCAGGUUUUGCCCGAAAUUAAUGUUCCCGUUAUCGCCGCCGGUGGCAUUAUGGAUGGUGUAGACGCCGCACGCUACUUGCACAAAGGUGUGGCGCUCGUGCAAUUGGGAACGGUAUUCCUGGCUGCUCCCGAAAGCGAGUUGGCCGAGGCCUGGGUUGAUGCUCUCAAGGGAAACAUGGGCAACACAACUACUCUCACCCCAUCGUUUUCGGGAAAACAUGCUCGCGGAAUUGUCAAUCGUUUUAUUAGCGAAAGCAAAGACAAACCUUACUUCCCUUAUCCUGUUCAAAACGCUUACACGGCCAGCCUUCGCAAGCAAGCUGGUGAACGAAAAAACAGUCAGGAUAUGUCUUUAUGGGCCGGAACCGAGUUUCCUCGAGCCCGUUUUGUUCCUAUUUCCGAGCUCGCCAAACUUUUGAAGACGGAAAUAGAGCUCAGUUAA